AUGACAGCCACGAACCAACUUCUCCCAUUAGAAUUGAUUGAUAAAUGUAUUGGAUCUAAAAUUUGGGUCAUUAUGAAGAGUGAGCGAGAGUUCACGGGCACUUUGCUGGGUUUCGACGAUUAUGUCAUGCAUCAGCUUAUGAUUCAUGACGUGAGCGGAUGUUCUGACAUGUCCGAUAAUUUCAGCGAAAAUACGCCGGAAGGUCGUAAGAAAACACAUCUGGAACAAAUCUUGUUGAACGGAAACAAUAUCACAAUGCUUAUUCCUGGUGGAGAGGGUCCUGAUUAA